CGCCGCUCGGAGCCACUGAGCUCGGCUUCUGAUCGAUUCUUCCACUUUUCUUCCUUGUCGCUGAAGUUCGUUUUUCACCCCUCGGCUGCGUACGGGUCGUGCUAAAGGCCGAAAUUCGUUUCAAGGCGUAUCCGGAAAACCUCUAUUUCCAUUAAUUUUAAAGGAAAGCGCUCGACACCGAGUGGUUUGGAAGUUUAGGGGUGUCGCGAUGGAGCUGGCGUUUGUGCUGAUACUGGCCCACUCCACCACUUUAAUAGUGUGCAUGGUGCUGAAGUUCCCGCAAAUUGUUACAGUUAUUCACGCAAAAAAUGCCCGGGGACUCAGCGUCCGGAGUUUGCUGCUGGAGCUGAUUGGGUUUCUAGUAUUUCUGACUUACCAAACUUAUUAUGAAUACCCUCUGGCAACGUAUUUGGAGUAUCCAAUUCUAAUUGCACAAGAUGCUGUUCUAUUGAUGUGCGUUCUCUUUUACAAUGGAAACAUUGGGACAGCCUUACCCUAUGCAAUACUAUUUAUCAUUGGCUGGCGACUUUUAACAGUCCAUAAGUUAAUUAUAGACUUGGCUAUGAAUCUAUCCACGUAUAUCAGUGCCUUAAGUAAAUAUGCUCAACUGCAAUCUCUGUGGACGACCCGAAACUCUGAUCAAGUUAGUGCACUGACGUGGAGUUUUGCAAUCUACACUACUUGCACACGAAUCUUCACUACACUGAUGACCACCCAGGACACAGCAGUGAUUAUACGUUAUGUGAUUCUGUGUUUGCUGAAUGUGUGGGUGUUGACUACCAUCAUCUACUACAGGAAGACUGGAAAGAAACAAGCAUGAACACGAUGAGGAGCUGAAUCUCAGAACUGCACAACUGGAUUUCUGGAUUGAAACAGAAACCUCCGGGCAACCCUUUCUUAUUGUUCAUUUGAAAUAUUUUGUAAAGGCAAUCAACAUAAAUACCCCCCAAGAAAUUCUCAAGACAUUGUGGUUGGCGAGACAUAGUUUGGAGUCUUGGCAGUGUAUGUGACUGUGUGGUCUCUUCUGGACCAAGCCUAGAAACUGAUUAAAAUAGUUGGCAGGGCUUCUCUUUAUUCAGUCUAUCUGAUGGUCUUUCAUAGAUGCUACUCAGCCAGCAGAAAGUGGAUGAGAAUAAAUUCUGAUGAGCUUUUUACUUUUUGAAUAAUACAAAGGAACAGCUGUACUCACUGCAAGAAUUCCAUACAAAAUGAAAAGCAGAUGGAGCCCUUUAUUCCAAUUGAUACAAUGAUUAUUAGUAUAAUCACAAAUACUGACUUGUAACAGUUGAACCUCUAAAAUAAGAACAUCUAACCCUUUAAUCCGUGGUUCAUUACUGUUUACAUCAGAACCCUCCAAAAUUAACCCAAAGCAAUUACAAUGCAAAACUAAGUUAAGAUUAUUUUAUUAUAUAUUAUAUCUGCACUACAGAUACUAACAUUAAACAUGUUUCCUUUAUGAGCACUUAAUACUGCAGUAUACUUAAUUUGAAGCACAAGGUAAGCAUGUUCUCUUACCAAGCUAACCAGUGUAACCCAAUUCAUUCUCCUACAUCUGUGAUGUCCCCCGCACUCUUUUCAGUUCUCCCCUUUUCCUUUGCCCUCUCACUUUAAUUGAUAGUAGGGCCAGAAUUCUUAAGGUGAACAUUCUAGCCCAUGGCAGCUACAUGUGAACCAGCAUGAGUGAUGCACUCAACUAGAAUCACUUCCAGAGUUUAUUUGGAAGGGGCGCUGGAGCCACGCCAGAAAAUUGUAACUUGUUAGGGAGGUAAAAAAAAAGAAAACCUUUCUGGAGUAAGUGAGGUCAACAGUAUUCAGACACAGCAACACCCUCAUACUCACCAGCUUCCCAGGUUUACAAAAUUGGGAACCAAGUGUAUUUGGAUUGUGUUUGCUUAAUGGAAUAAGAAUUUACAAAAGUUAAAACCUAAAUCUAAAAAAUAUAGGAGAGGAAUUUGGAUCUAAAUUGAAUGGCAAAAUAGUUUCUGUGAAGAAAUGGAAGUUAUUUUACUAAAAUGCAUGGUCAGUUGACAGGAGGAGUAAUGGCUGAUAUGAGAUGUAUUUUAGAUUUACUCUAAACAUGGAUGUUAUUUAACAAUGUAAAACUGAUUAUUUUUCAUACAUGUAGGACAGAAAUCUAGCUUAUGUAUAAAAUAGUGCAGUCCAGAGCAUAGCAUUUUUAAAAUAUUAUUGGCAGCUUUUGAAAUUGUGGAAUCAAAGUGAUUCUACUAAAAUAUGAGGAAUUUGGUUGAUGAAGGAUUUUUUUUUAUAUAAGGCAGCUAUCUUUAAGAUUAUGUUACUAGUUUAUUUAACCACAGGGAUACCUAACUCUUUAACACCACUUACUUUGAACCUUAAAUUAAGAGAAUAGGUUUUUUUUCAUAGUUACUUCAUAUUUAAAAUACAGGGCUUCACUCCUUUAAAACAUUGUUUUACUUCUCAGAUUCCAAGUUCAGGAAAGUUUUUGGGUGGUUAAUGGGAGUUUUUUUCUCUCUGUGGCAAAUGUGUGGAGUGUGGGGUGAAUAUUCCAAUGUGAUACUCCAAGGACCAGCUGGACUGUUGAAUGUGGAGUGUUUUGGAUGAGUCUGAACUUCCAUCCACAUUUUCAGGUAGAAGUUCUGAUGGCUAAUAUUUAUACCCAUUGAUUAUCCUUGCAAUGUCCCAGCUUGCUGUGCCUGUUUUGGCUGCUGCAUUUCCAAAAUAACAUCAAUGUAGGCACUGUGAAAACAUGAGUUUCUGAAAGACGCCUAAUAAAAGCAUUUUUAGAGCCAUUGGGAAGAUAUGUACUACCUUCAUGCACUUAGUUGAUUGCAACAGUUUUGAAUUUUAUCAUGUACUGAUGCAGUGUAAGUGAAGAGAAACCACUUCAGAACCGUUUUAAUUAACAAAUUUGAAGGUGAGGUGAAAGGAAACUUUCACAGCUUUAUUUCAUUGACAUUUAAUUUUUUUCUAUCGCUUGACAGUUGACUAAAUUGGAUGAAAAUAUGAAUUCAUUAGAUUCAUUUUGGGGUGACCUCUUUGGAUGAGUAAGUAAUUCAGACAUUUUGAUUCAUGAAUGCAACUAACAUUGCAUUCACUUUGUUGUAGCUCUGUAUUUGCUGUUUGGCUUAGAAUGGUGUUGAGAGGCACUUCAUCCUGAUUCCACAGGUGCAGGUGUCUGUUGCACAGUGAUCUUGUGUAAACUAUUUUACUUUUUUCUCCCCAUAAUGUACUGUUAAAGUGGGAGUUGGGUAUACGACCCAAAGGACAACUUUAAAUAUAAUUUCAUGCUUGUGUUUCUGCAAAUAGCUUUACAGCUUAACAGAUCAAGAAUUAUUAAAUUGUAUUUCUAAUCAUUUUCAUAUGGAAAACAAAUGCUUAACUAAUAUAUAUAUAUAUAAAGCUUAACUACAUAUCGGAUCAAAUUGUUUGGAAAUGUAUUCAUGCGGAGAAAUUUUUCAUGUGACAAUGUUAUUUUUACAUAAAUAUAACAUUUUGACUAG